GGACCUUGUGUGACUAGGUUUAAAGAUGGCGGCGCCCAUGGAGGCAGCACCAAUCAAUAAAGAUCUAGACGACAGCCAUGAACAAGAGCAGCAGACUGAAUCAGAAGAACUUGAUGAUACACGUGGACCUUCUGAGCCCAGGGUGAGGGAAACUCCUGAGGACAUCUUGUUUGAGGCUGCUGUAAAUACCAUUGCAUUUCACCCCAAUCGAGAUAUAAUAGCAGCUGGAGAUUUGGAUGGAGAUGUGUUUGUUUAUUCCUAUUCCUGCUUAGACGAUGGAAACAAAGAACUCUGGUCUUCUGGACAUCAUCUCAAAUCCUGCAGAGACGCAGCUUUCUCCUUUGAUGGUGAACAACUUUUCACAGUAUCCAAGGACAAGUCCAUUCACAUUCUUAAUGUGGAAGAGGGCAAACUGGUUAAACGCAUCUCAAAGGCUCAUGACUCCCCACUGAACAGUCUGCUGCUGAUAGACGAGAACAUAUUUGCAACUGGUGAUGACAAUGGCAUGCUGAAACUGUGGGAUCUACGAAAAGGCACGUCCUUUAUGGAAAUGAAAAACCAUGAAGAGUACAUCAGCGACAUGGUCAUUGACCAAAACAAAAAGAUGCUUCUCACUGCUAGCGGAGAUGGCACCAUGGGUGUCUUUAAUAUAAAGAGACGGAGGUUUGAACUGCUGUCCGAGUACCAGAAUGGAGACUUGACAUCCCUUGCUCUCAUGAAGAGAGGGCGGAAAGUGGCAUGUGGAUCCAGCGAAGGAACAAUAUACUUGUUUAACUGGAAUGGCUUCGGGGCAACAAGCGAUCGCUUUGCUGUAAAGGCAGAGUCUAUUGAUUGCAUGGUUCCCAUUACAGACAAUAUUCUGUGCGCAGGAUCCAUGGAUGGCGUUAUUAGAGCCAUUAAUAUUUUGCCCAACAGAGUAAUUGGCAGUGUAGGGCAGCAUCCUGGUGAACCUAUAGAGCAGCUUGCAAAGUCCGUUGAUGGCAAAUUUUUGGCCAGCUGUGCCCAUGACCUGAAAGUGAAGUUUUGGGAUUUAUCGUCACUCAACUCCAUAAUAGUGGACGAUUACAGGAAGCGCAAGAAAAACAAGCAUCUAACUGCACUCAGCCGGAAAGCCUUUGGAGGAGCAGAAGACUUUUUUUCUGACCUGCAAGAAGAGACCGGGAAGAAAGAUGAGGAUAAUGAUGAAAACGAGAGUGACAGUGAUGACUCUGAUAGUGACUAAUUAGAUUGAAUGAACCUUAGAGAGUUCAGGUUUGCCAGUGUGUUCACUUACUAACUAGAUACUAUUGGGCAGUUAGAGACUCUGUUCCAUAGAACACAUCUGUAACAUAGAGACUCUGCAGAAACAUCAAGUCUCUGUUCAACUCAAUGGGUUUUUGAGAUUGAGGCAUGCAAACCAGAUUAUAGCACCAUACUGGGUAGCUAGAACCGGGUUAAUGAAUAAACUCUUCAGUCACCUGCUGAUUUUUGCCAACAGUGUUUAUUCAGUUUUCCAGAAAAGGGGGAAAAAUAAUAUUUAUACACUCUACAAUAAUCAGGAUCACAAUAAAAUGGUAAUAAACCUUAUCUCUGUUAUGUCCUCAACUUUCCAUCAUUCACGUGAGUGCUUUGCAAUAUACAGGUAUUUGAAAAUAUAGUAGGAUUGAUAUAACGAUGGAUUGAUCAUUCUCUAAUGGCUAGUAUCCUCAACGAAUAGAGCUAGCACACAAUAUAAAUGUUUUUUCUUUAUGAUCUGAAAGACAUAUCUGUGCAAUUAUACAUUAUACACAGAAGAGCAGGUGUUAAACGUUUUUUUUUAUUGGUUUAUAUUCUUUAUACUAUUUCAUUCCACUUAUGAUCUGUUUCAUCUUGACUCUAAACUAUGAUUUGUGUUAUGUCAUGAGUGGUUCAUGAGAAUAUACUAUAUAACUCUGUAAAGCUGCCAAUGGUAAUACAGUGAUUCUAUUGUAUGCAGCCAGAGAUGCAGCUAAAUACACACACACACACACCUCCCUUUAAAAAAAAUCAUAUAUAAUGGAAGAUACAGCAACAAUAUGAUAGAUAGUAAAAGAAAAAAGGUGUAGAUAUCCAGAGUUAUAAAGGCAAAUAAGUUUUCCAAAUAAAGCACUAGUAGUGCAUGGAAAUUGUCCUUUUGCUAAGAAGUGUAAAUUGUAUGUGUCUUGUAAUAAAUGUGUUCUGGUUUUUAAAAAUGAAAAA